AUGAGAGCCAGGAGUGUGAGAAAAGCCUCCCUGGGAGGGGUGACUUUGACUAAGACACUCACUCAUUCUGCUGAAAGAAAUCAUGAUUGUGCAGUUUGUGGGGAAAGUUUCAGCAAGAAGGGUAAACUCAAGACACACAGCCUUACACACACUGCUGAAAAAAAUCAUGAAUGUGAAGUUUGUGGGAAAAGAUUUAAUCGGAAGAGUCACCUCAACAGACACAUCCUUACACACACUGGUGAAAGAAAUCAUGAAUGUGAAGUUUGUGGGAAAAGAUUUAAUCGGAAGAGUCACCUCAACAGACACCUUCUUACACACACUGGUGAAAGAAAUCAUGAAUGUGAAGUUUGUGGGAAAAGAUUUAUUCAUAAGGGUCACCUCAACUCACACAUUCUUACACACACUGGUGAAAAAAAUCAUGAAUGUGAAGUUUGUGGGAAAAGAUUUAAUCAGAAGUGUGACCUCAACAGACACAUCCUUACACACACUUUUGAAAGAAAUCAUGAAUGUGAAGUUUGUGGGAAAAGAUUUAAUCGGAAGAGUCACCUCAACACACACAUCGUUAUACACACUGGUGAGAGAAAUCAUGAAUGUGAAGUUUGUGGGAAAAGAUUUAAUCAGAAGUGUGACCUCAACACACACAUCGUUAUACACACUUUUGAAAGAAAUCAUGAAUGUGAAGUUUGUGGGAAAAGAUUUAAUCGGAAGAGUCACCUCAACAGACACAUCCUUACACACACUGGUGAAAGAAAUCAUGAAUGUGAAGUUUGUGGGAAAAGAUUUAAUCGGAAGGGUACCCUCAACACACACAUCGUUAUACACACUGGUGAGAGAAAUCAUGAAUGUGAAGUUUGUGGGAAAAGAUUCUGUUUAAAGUCAUACCUGAAGAAACAUAGCAUAAGACACAGUGGUCACAAAGGGUUCAAAUGUGAUGCUUGUGGAAAGCGUUUCAUGACCAGAGGGGAGAUUUCCAGACAUGUGAAGAUUCACCUCUGAGGUGUUGUGUUGUGCUGCUGUAUGUGGGAGAGAGUACGCAGUGCAGGGCAGCAUUGACUAGCAUGAAGGACAGAAAAUAUAGCCCAGAUGGGGAAUCAAGGCAGGUUGUGUGUGUGUGUGUGUGUGUGUAUUUACUUAUUUGUAUUGACCUGUUUAUCGUCUACCGGACCCAGGCUAAGCUGUAAUAGUCCCGUCUCCAUAUCUACGUUCCUUUGUCUUUCCAUCAUUUGUUGGGCACUGUACACCUCCACCACCUCUUCCCACAAGCCGUUCCAUGUGUUAAUGGGAUAGCCUGCCCCCCUCAUAUGUCAGUAAAUGUGAUGAGAUAACCUACACCCCUUGUAUGUCAGUAAAUGUGAUCAAUGAGGUAACUUGCACCCCUUGUAUGUCGGUAAAUAUACCUGUCUAUGUAGUGCCUGUAGGCAAAGUGGUCUGUGACAAAUGACAAAUAUGUUGAAAUAUCAGGACUAGAGUUAUGUUAAUGAGAUGUGAUGGAUGGAUCCUUUUUUUGCCUCCUAGUGUAUGAGUUUCAUGUAUCAAGGAACUAUACAUUUGUAACUCCUUCACUUUCUCUCCCUAAUAACCCGUCCGCUGCGAUUGGCACGAAUUUGGCUUUUACUGGUAACGUGAUAACAUAUACUCCCAUGUCCUUCUCUGCCUCUGUGGUGGAUAGUGGAGUGUUUCCCAUGUGGUAUUGGUGUGCUGGAUAUCCCCUCCCAAGGUGCAGGACUUUACAUUUUUCUUCAUUGAAUUGUAGCAGCCACUUUUUGUUCCAUUCCUGUAGCUUGGUGAGGUCUGACAAGGAAAUCCGCAGUCAAGGGGUUAAGAAGAUGAGAGAGUUUUAAGGUUUCUACCCCUUUGUUCCAGGGUUUAUUCCCCUAAGUUAAGCCUUCAUUAAAUAUUUAGUAGAGGUUUGCAUCAUUUCUUCUGGAUGCUAACAUUUUUCACCUGUACGGAAUUUUAUUAUGUUGACAAAGUUCUAGUUAUUUCUCUAUGAAGUGGCAGAAAUACACAGCUGCUGGGAAGCAUUCCAUUGUUACAGUCACAGCUUCAUGUACAAAAAAUAUUAGUAUUUCCACAGAUAAAUACCCAACUCCCUUGAAAAGCAACAAAGGUUAGAUUAGGUUAGGUAAGACUAGGUUAGAUUAGGCUAGAUAAGGUAAGGUUAGAUUAGGUUAGAUAAGUAAGAGUUCAACAGAUAUUAACUCAAAUUACCUAACCUCACUUACCUCAUCAUCUAACCAAACCUUUUAUAAUACAAGGUUUAUGAAUAUGAAACUGUACACUAUAAACAAGCUAAAUUCAUAUAUAGCUGAUUUAGGAAAUAAAAGUAGUUAUGCUUCAGUACACUGUGUGGUAUCAUUUGCCAAGUCAUCUUCCCAUUUACACCUGUCACUCUCCUGCACCUGUGUAUUGGUUUAACCCGGUGGUAGCAGCGGGGAUCAUGUUUCUUAACCCGUCCACUGCGAUUGGCACGGAUUUGGCUUUCACUGCAUGUAGCCUGGUAACUAUACUCCAUGUCUUUCUCUGCCUCUGUGGUGGAUAGUGGAGUGUUUCCCAUGUGGUAUUGGUGUGCUGGAUACCCUUCCAAGGUGCAGGACUUUACAUUUCUCUUCAUUGAAUUGUAGCAGACACUUUUUGUUCCAUUCCUGUAGCUUAGUGAGUUCUGACUGCAGGAAAUCCGUAGUCAAGGUGUUAAUUGUCCCUCUACAAGUGAGAAAAAUGAGAAAAAAUCACUUCACACAAAUGAUUUCAUAAUAUAUAUCAAAGCAUUUGUGAUCAGUUUAUGUAUCAUCUAUUUUGGGGGUUUAUAUCAUGGCACAAAUUUGGCCCGUCGCUGCUACACGGUAAAGCCACAAAUUUGGCCCAUCGCUGCUACACGGUAAAGCCACAAACUUGGCCCAUCGCUGCUACACGGUAAAGCCACAAAUUUGGCCCGUCGCUGCUACACGGUAAAGCCACAAAUUUGGCCUGUCGCUGCUACUGGGUUAAUCAAGGCCAGCCCUUCCUAGGUGCUCACUACAAUCAUUGCGCAGGGCCUCUGAUCACUGGGGGGCUAAGGAUGUGCAUAAAAGAAUAGAGAAAGAAAAUCAG